CCUCCGCCUCCGCCUCCGCGUCGGAGCUCGGGCUGCCUCCGGGGUCGCGGCCGCUGGAAGGCAGGGCCUCCGCUCCCGCCCGCCGACGCCGGCCCGCCCGCGACGCCCCGGCCCGGCUCCCCAUGCCUGCGCCCGGCGCCGCGGCCGCCGCGCGUCGCCCCAGUGCCCGGAUUUAACACGGAAGCCCGGGGCGGGGGCCGCGGGGGACCCGGAGGGAGGCCCGGUCGCUCCCGCGUCUCUCCCGCCGGCGCGGCGCCUCGGCCGGAGCCAUGACCUCGCUGACGCAGCGCAGCUCGGGCCUGGUGCAGCGGCGCACGGAGGCCUCGCGCAGCGCCGCCGACAAGGAGCGGGCGGCGGGCGGCGGCGGGGGCAGCGGCGAGGACGACGCGCAGAGCCGCCGCGACGAGCAGGACGACGACGACAAGGGCGACUCCAAGGAAACGCGGCUGACCCUGAUGGAGGAGGUGCUCCUGCUGGGCCUCAAGGACCGAGAGGGUUACACAUCAUUUUGGAAUGACUGUAUAUCAUCUGGAUUACGUGGCUGUAUGUUAAUUGAAUUAGCCUUGAGAGGAAGGUUACAACUAGAGGCUUGUGGAAUGAGACGGAAAAGUCUGUUAACAAGAAAGGUGAUCUGUAAAUCAGAUGCUCCAACAGGGGAUGUUCUUCUUGAUGAAGCUCUAAAGCAUGUAAAGGAGACUCAGCCUCCGGAAACUGUCCAGAACUGGAUUGAAUUACUAAGUGGUGAGACAUGGAAUCCAUUAAAAUUGCAUUAUCAAUUAAGAAACGUACGGGAACGAUUAGCUAAAAACCUAGUGGAAAAGGGUGUAUUGACAACAGAGAAACAGAACUUCCUACUUUUUGACAUGACGACACAUCCCCUCACCAACAACAACAUUAAGCAACGCCUCAUCAAGAAGGUACAAGAAGCUGUUCUUGACAAGUGGGUGAAUGACCCCCACCGCAUGGACAAGCGCUUGCUGGCCCUCAUUUACCUAGCCCACGCUUCAGAUGUUCUGGAGAAUGCUUUUGCUCCUCUUCUGGACGAGCAAUAUGAUUUAGCCACCAAGAGAGUGAGGCAGCUCCUCGACUUGGAUCCUGAGGUGGAAUGCCUGAAGGCCAGCACCAGCGAGGUUCUGUGGGCGGUGGUGGCAGCGUUCACCAAGUAACUGCUCAGAAUGAAGUGUUUUCCUAUCCCUUAUGUAAACCAGUAGUUUAUUGACUUCUGGUUUUCUGCAAUUUGUACUUUCCACACUAUAAUUGGCCUUUGUUUUAGGAAAUGGUGGGUGGCUUUUUCUUUUUCCUAUGUAUGCAGGAUUCUGCUGGUACGAGAGGCCUUCCUCUUUCUGUUUUAAAACAAGUUUUACUGCCAUAUUGGCAUUCCAUUCCUUGUUGCCAUUGUCACUGUUACCUGUUUGCGGUUUCUGGUAUACUUUGACUUUCAAAGUACCUCCAGUCUUCUUACAUGCACAUCUUCUGGAUUACCUCAGCUUGAGUUUUCCCCACAUGUGCAUGUACAUCUAGCAUUCUUCCUACAAUUCAGAUGGAAGUCACAAAAAGGCCUUCAACUCACCAAAGGUAAAUAUCUGUAUCUAUUAGGACAUUUUAUACAUAGACCUCAGUUGAGAUGUAUACUUAACAAAAUUAUUUUUAAAUUGAGACAACACAGUAAAUAAUAUAAAAUGCCCCUUGGAUUUUGCUUCCCAUGUAAAUCUAUUGUAUUAUUACACUUGCUAUAAUUUUACCUAUUAAAUCAUAAAGGUCCAAUUGUUUCACAGAAUGGUUUGGCUGCGAUGGGCUGCAUUCCAGUUACACUGUAUAUAGUUUGAAUUAUAUAUAAAUUGUCCCUUCUUCUGGCCACCCCUGCCUCCAUCUUAGUAUUUUGCAAGAUUUAAUUAGUUGUACACCUGGUAUCCCUCACUUGCUUCAGUCAUUAUUAUUUGAUGACAAAAUAGACCUGUCAUCAUUGAAGGGGAGUGAAAAGAUACAUGUUUGAUUAGUCCCAAGGUUUUUGCGCUAUGCCUUUCACAAUAUUCUGCCUGUGUAUCUCCUGUUCGGAAUUUUUUUUUUUUUUUGUCUUACUGUUUUUAUUUGUAUAGGGAAGAGGCUUGUGACCAGUACUGCUCUUGAGUACAGUUGUUUUUUUCCCUGUCCACACGUAAAUUAAUGUCUGCUCUUAAGUGUCAUUUAUCUGCUACUCAUACUUUCUUGGGAGGGAGAAUCGAAUGUCAGUCCUAGCAGGUGUUGCAUGUAAAUUGUUAGGAGGUAAUGACUACAGCUCAGAUGAUUAAGAAUUUUGUAACAGAAAGCUCUGCUAUGUUUUAAUUUUUAUAUACAAUUAUGGUAAUUAGCACAUUGUAAGAAUAUAAGCCUUUGCUUUUUAAAGUUUAUUUUUACUAUUUCUUUAUCACUGUUUAUCGCAUCAUUGGUUUCUUGAUGUAAAUACUAUAUAUGGAACAAAUUAAAUGUCAAAUUUUUUAUUACCAUAGUUCAUGUUAAUAGUGGGGCUUUCAGGUGUUUAGAGAUUUUUUUGGUUAACAUUCACUGCAAAAGUACUAGAUGGUGUAUAACUCUACAGUUGAAUUUUAAAGGCUUCCCUAAUAUGUAAGCUAUCUUUUUAUCUGAAGUAAUAAAUAAACUAUGAUCUUGAAAGUGCCUGAAUCAGA